GCGCCGCGGGGGGCGCCGCGCGGGGCUGCCUGGAGGCCCCGGCGGAGCUGGUGAAGACGCGGCAGCAGGUGGGCGCGCCGUGGGGCCGGGGGGCACUGCUGCGCGGGGCCUGGAGCACCUGCCUGCGCACCAGCUCCGCGGUGGGCUGCUUCUGG